UUCAGUGGGGGUCAGAGAGUAGCAGUGGCUUCAUCGAGAAUCUUUGGCAGGUAUAAAACCAGGAUAACAUUGCUAGCAUCAUUUGAAUCCAGUUUGUGACCGAAGAUCUUCAAAGUUUUUUCCUUUUGACGAACAAUUUGUUGAAAACUCGCUUAGACGUUUAACUGAGUGUAGACUAGUAACCCCACGGAUCUCCAGACUUACCACUCCUCAUUUUCUAUGCAGUUCAUGCCGGCGACUGCUGAGUGACGAAGUAAAAAGCGUCCGUGGAAGACUGAGUGUCCAAAUUGUGUUGACGAGAUCUAGGCUACUUCUUCUGGCGUACCGGUAUUUGAAAAUCUGAUCAAGAUCCUCAGCUUGUGUUCAAUUGCUGUGUUUUCAAAGUUCUCAAGAUGUCAGGUAUGAAUAAUAAUAAUAAUAAGAGGUCGAGCAUCGCUCUCGAUAGCCAGCAGUCGCUGUUGACUGCGAUCAAUCGCUUCGUUCAAGCAGUGGAUACUAUGGAUGACACAGUCAUGAUUCCAUGUCGGCUGCGAGACAUGCCUGUCGAUUCAUUACCCAAUGUUUUGGAAGAGAAUAACAACAAUAAAGCAGUUGUUCCAGCCCUUGGCAUGAAUGGUGAUUUGUACCACUUUUAUGCAAUGCUUCACGCAAUACGGUCAGAAAUUACGGCAGGACCUCAGAAUUCAAAUGAAGAGGAACAGUGCGAUAACGCCUCAGCAUGUAAUGAUGAAAAUUCUAAUGAUGACCCAAUCAACGAAAGUGCACGUAAAACUGCAGCUUCUUUCAGAUAUCACCUCAGAGGUUUGUUUGGACUGUUGCAUCAGAUGACGGAAACCGCAAAAUACCUGAGCACGAGAUACGAAAAAGAAGUCACGUCAGCGCAGAAUGGUGUAUCAUCAGUUUCCUCAUUUAACAUGUGA